AUGAUUUCAUGUCAACAAUCAGAUUAUAUUAGUCGUCAUCAUCCUCAUUAUUCUAUUAGUGUUCCAAAUAGUUUUGCUAGUUCAUCAUCCGGAAACGUCCAAUAUAAUCACCACCACCAUCAUCAUCAUCAUUCAGCACCAUCAACUUUAGUAAUGACACCGAUAUCAUCACCAGUUUAUGAUGAUUCAACAACAACCAACAACACUGGUACCAAUGGUGGUCUAUCGGCAGCAAUCAUGAUGACAGCAGCCAGUGAGAAUCAAGCAAGUCAUUUGAUGUCAUCAUCAGCAUGGCUUCAAACAAUUACUCGAAAUAAUUCUCACCAUCAUCCUCAUCAUCAUCAUCAUCAUCAUCCUCAUCAAAAUUCCCAUAAUGUAACAUAUUCAGAUAUGUCGACCGCAAAUGAUUGGUCAAAUGUUGCUACUAUUGCAACACCAAAUGCAAAUUCUUUUCAAUCGGCAACAGCAAAUACUCCACUUAGUUAUCAUCCAAUGGCAUCAUAUUCAAAUCAAAUUGGUCAGGUUUAUCCACAUAAUCCAUAUUGUACAUCAAAUGCUACUAGUAGUGGAGGUUCAUUUCCACCAUUAAGCGUUGGAACAGAAGAAUCGCCCAGUGCGUCAAUUUAUCCUACAACAACAUUUGGUCAUAUGAAUUCAAGUCCAGAUUCAGGUGUAACAGUUUCAAGUGAUAGUAAUGAAUCAUCAUUAUUAUUAAAUUCAACAGCACCAAAUAAUAAUGAUUUAAGUAUUGGUUUUAUUAAAUCUGGAUCCGAUACAACAUCAUCAUAUCUAUAUUCAAAUACAACAAAUUCGGCUAAUAAUACUAAUACUGUUAUGAAUGGCUAUCCAACAACAAUUAAUGUUAUUGAUGAACAAAAUAAUGAUAUUCAAACACAGAAUAAUCAUCAUCACAAUAGUAAAACAACAUAUGAAUGGAUGAAUAAAUCAGCCAAUUCAAAUUCAUCGCAAUCAAGUACAGGAAAAACGCGAACUAAAGAUAAAUAUCGUGUUGUUUAUACGGAAAAUCAACGUAUCGAAUUGGAAAAAGAAUUUAUGUUUUCACGUUAUAUAACAAUAAAACGUAAAGCUGAAUUGGCUAAUGAAUUAUCAUUAUCCGAAAGACAGGUAAAAAUUUGGUUCCAAAAUCGUCGUGCAAAAGAUCGUAAACAAUUGCGAAAAAAAGAUGAAAUUACUAAAAAAAAUAAGGAUAAAACAACAAGAAAAAAUCUAACAUCAACCGGUAUUCUAGAUUCUGGAUCAAUUAUGAUGAAUAAUAAUAAUAAUAAUAAUAAUAAUCAAACAACGGUGAUCAAUGGUAAUCGAUAUUCAUCAUCAUCAUCAUCAAUAAAUGAUAUCGGUGGUGGUGGUAAUGCUAGUUUUCAAAUACAUUUAUUAUCUGUUUUUAAUUAA